AGCAACCAGCAGCACUGAGCACCAACACCCAGAGCUACCAUGGCCUACUGCCAGCAGGAAGGGAAGGAUCAAAUCAUAUUUGUGACCAAAGAAGACCACGAAAGUCCCAGCAACGCAGAGCUGGUGGUCGACGACCCCAAUGAUCCCUAUGAGGAGUACCGCUUGACACUGCCAAGUGGAGAAAUUAACUGGAAUUGCCCGUGCUUUGGGGGGAUGGCCAGCGGUCCUUGUGGAGAAUCCUUCAAAUCUGCCUUCGCCUGCUUCCAUUACAGCACGGACGAAAUCAAGGGGUCAGAUUGCGUAGAGCAGUUCCAAGCCAUGCGGGAGUGCGUGCAGACAUAUCCAGCCGUCUAUCCCCAAGAGGAGAAUGAGGAAGAAGAGGAGCCAGCACAAUCGGUGGAGGAAGCAAUUGGCACUGAGGCCUCUGCUGCCACCAAGCAGUAGCCAAGUAUCUAGAAGUCCCAGUCCCCAGCUGCCGCCGCCCUUUUGCUUAAGCCUCAGGACUUUCUGCACAAUAACCGCCUUCCGAUAGCCCUCCACGAAAGCACCUUUCCCUCUGCUGUUCUACGCUCUGUCCUAUAGACAAUAACUUACCUUGAUGAUCAGGGGUCUUGGCGGCUUGCCAUAUACCCUGAAGAAAAGCGGUGUGUGUGGUGUGCGCCUGCACCCUACAUAAACCUACCCCCAGCACACUAGGUCGCUGCUCAACUGUCCUCUCGAGUGCCCUGGACUUUGCUGCCUUGAAAAAAAAAACG